AUGAGGAGCAAGAGCGGUUUUAGUUUCUUCUCUAAGAUGACUUCUUCUAGGAAGAAACCUUCUCUUUCAAUACCUAGCAAGGGUUUAGAGUCGUCGAAGAUCGACCGAACGAUCGAUCACACCGCGGAGAUCAUUGAGAAAUGGAAUACAGAGUAUGUUUCUACGACGAAGUUUUAUUCUCUGUUUUGCGAGAGCAAGCGUGAAGCGAAAGAGUUCGUGAAACAGGUUAAGGAUCUUCAGAAUGCGAUGGAUUUGUUGAUUAGAGAAGAUCCUAAUUCGGAGAAUCUCCUUAGAGCUCAGAAACUGAUGCAAAUCGCUAUGAAACGACUUCAGAAUGAGUUUCACCAGAUUCUGACUAUGAAUAGUGCGCAUUUGGAUCCCGAGUCUGCCUCGAGUAGAUCUCCUACCUCUGUUGUAUCAAACGAAGACGAUGUUUGGCAUGAGUCUCGCUUGGCUGGAGAUUCUAUUAACGAAGUUGAAGAAGUGUCGAGGAACUCAAUGACGGAGCUUAAAUCGAUCGCAGAGUGUAUGAUCGCAGCCGGUUACGCGAAAGAGUGUGCGAGUACCUAUAAAUCCAUAAGAAAAUCGAUAGUCGACGAAGGGAUUUACCGUCUUGGAGUCGAGAAAAUCAGUUCGUCCAAGGCUAAAAAGAUGCCAAGCGAGGUUGUUGAGUUGAAGAUGAAGAGCUGGGUCGAAGCGGUUAAGGUCUCGAUGAAGAUUCUCUUCGAUGGCGAAAAGACUCUAUGCGAAGAAGUUUUUGAAUCCUCUGUUUCUCUAAGAGAGUCUUGUUUCCGAGAUAUCUCCAAGGAAGGAGCUCUUCUUUUGUUCGGAUUCCCGGAAACCGUUGCCGUGAGAGUCAAGAAAAAUCCACACCCGAGGAAGAUAUUCCCGUUGUUGGAUAUGUAUUGCUCCAUCAACGAGAAUUUACCGGCGAUCGAAUCAAUCUUCUCGUUCUCAUCACUAUCCGCUGUUCAAACUCAAGCUCUCACUUCGCUUAGCCGACUUAGCGAGUCGAUUCUUUCGCAUUUGGUGGAAUUUGAAUCGGAAAUCCGGAAAGACUCGUCUAAGAUGGUGGUUCCUGGUGGAGGAGUGCAUCCGAUGACUAUCUCCGCCAUGGAUCACCUCUCUAGCCUCGCGGAAUACAGUAACGCACUCAUGGAUAUCCUCAACGGAUCAUCAUCUUCCUCUUCCGCUAAAUCGUUGCUUCCGAAAUCUUAUUUCAACGUCUCGGGAUCCGAGGGAUCUCCAACUUCGGAGGUAAGAGCGCGAUUCGCGUGGAUGAUUCUCGUCCUACUAUGCAAAAUCGACGCCAAAGCUGAGAUGUACAAGGAAUUCUCGAUGCAGUAUCUCUUCUUAGCCAACAACCUCCAACACGUAGCGUCUCGCGCACGCUCCACGAACUUGAAGCAACUCCUCGGCGACGAUUGGAUCGCUCGGCAUUUCGAGAAAGUCAGGCAGUUCGCUAGAAGCUACGAGCGGCUCGCGUGGGGUCCACUUGCGUCAAUGUGUCCGGCGAUUAGUACAUCGGAGGCUGUGGAAAUGUCGCCCGAAGAGACGAAGAUGCAAUUCGAAAUGUUCGACGAGAGAUUCGUGAACACGUUUGUGUCGCAGAGCGCGUGCGUCAUACCGGAUCCGAAAUUACUCGACGAGAUAAGAAUUUCGAUCGGGAGAAUGUUGUUGCCGGUUUAUCGUGAUUUUUACAACGCACAUAGAAAUGCUGUUAUGUUGGCGGGAACGGAAGGUGGGUGGAAUGUCAGAUUUACCCCUGAAGAUAUUGGAAACCAUUUGUCGGAGUUGUUUAACGGCAAGGGUGUUUCGGAGAAUCCAUAUGUGUGUUCGACAUCUUUCUGUCUUCUUAAAGCUCCUCCCACCAUUCUUGGACCAAAGCCACGAUCUUUGUCAUGCAGAAGAUUUUGA